GUACCGAACCCUACCGAACCGUGCCAUCUGGCUGACCUCGAAUAUUAGUACGGACCAGAAUCAGUCAGGAUUCCAGAGAAGGAAAAUUGGGAACUUUAGCAUACCAUCCGAAAAUUUUUUAGUAUCCGCAUUCUGUUCCUUCGUUUCACUGCGCCCACUGCGAAGAAGUCCAAGAACCCAGUGUGAUCUGGUGUAGUCUGGUGUGAUGCCGGUCAAAGCUGCAAAAAGCGUGUGGCGUUGCACUGAGUCAUCAUUUGAAAUGCUUCUUGUUUCUCUACAGUUUGAUAUUCGUCGCAAUUUGCGUCUUGACUCUGGCAAGACGACGCAUAUGACCAGCAUCUUCGCGCAAUGGGUGUCAAGUCGCUCUGGACCCUAUUGACCCCAGUCGGUCGGCCUGUGAUGCUGGAAAACAUGGAAGGGAAGAUAGUGGCAAUCGAUUCUAGUAUAUGGAUAUACCAGUUUCAAGCCACGAUGAGAGCGAAAGAUGGUCGUGCGUUAGUGAAUGCUCAUGUUCUUGGCUUCUUGCGCCGGAUCUGUAAACUCUUAUUCUAUGGAAUGAAACCUGUUUUCGUCUUCGAUGGAGGCGCGCCAGUUCUCAAGCGCGAAACGCUGAAUGAACGGAGAAAAAAGAAAACUGGUGCAGCUGCAAGCCAUGUCAAACUUGCUGAACGGCUGUUAGCUGCUCAAUUGAGACGAGAGGCCCUUAAACAUGUCAAGAAGUCCUCCCCGACUAAAGGGAAAGGGAGUGCUGAUGAAGCGCCGAUAGAACUCAACGAUGGCACAGUUUACCUGGAGGAUAUCGACUCUGCUAUACCCUCGACCCCGCACAAGAAGACGUCAAAGGCCAAAGAACCAACUUCGUCAGCCAAGAAGAACAAGUUUUAUGACCAUGAUCCAUAUCGACUGCCUGACGUCAAUUUAGAGGAGAGAGUCGCUGUGGCAACGCGCUCAUCUGCACCAGAUCCUCGUUUGGCAACGGAAGACGAACUGCGUCUGUUCAUCGAAAACAUGCGCCCGGAAGAUUUCGACGUCACUUCACCUGCUUUCAGGGAGCUUCCUACAGAAGUCCAAUACGAAAUCGUAGGCGACCUUCGCUUAAAAUCACGACAGACCUCGUACACACGUCUACAGCAAAUGCUGAAGAGCGCUCCUACUCCAUUGGACUUUUCUAAACAGCAAAUCAAGAAUCUUAAGCAACGAAACUCCCUCACACAGCAACUGCUGACUACCACAGAUAGCAUCGGAAAGGCACACAUUUCUAUCCCCGUUCGAAUUGCUAGUGAGCGAAACAGGGAGUACAUGCUGAUCCGGAAUGAGGGUGCUACUGGAGGUUGGAUUCUGGGAAUAAGAGAUGAAGGGACUAAACAGAAACCCAUCAUCAUUGACCAUGAAGAGAAGAAGACUCAAGGAAAUGGCAAAGGAAACAUUAAAAUUGGGCAAGACAGCGAUGAGGAUGAUGACAUGGAAGAAGUGAGCAUACCCAUAGAGGUCGAGGUCGAGGUCGAUCCCGAUCUUAGAACCUUUCGUAGACACUCCGCGUUGUCAGCUAUAUCUCGUCGUUAUAAACCUAAACCUUUGGCGCCGCUGAAUACGAAAGGAAAACAGAAGGCCGUGACAAUUCCCUUGUUUGAUUUGGAUGAAGAUGACGAAAACGAAGUUUCUUCCGUGCAGGCACAACAACAGGACUAUUGGGAAGAAGACGAAGAACUGGCGUUUGCUAUCCAGGAGUCUCUCGAGUAUUCCAAUGUGCACACCUCGACGGGAGCUUCUUCUUCGCGCACUCAAGUUCCCUUUGAAAUGUCUCAGGGAACAGGUCAUCAGGAUACUCCUCCUGGAGCUGGGUCUCGUUCUCGUCUAGAGACAGCUUUAUCCAUAGCCAAUGCCAGUGCUUCACGGAGCUCAGAUCACGAGCCCGUCCGCUCGUCUACGUCUUUUGGACAACCAUUUCUGCUCAGAUCUACGCCCAUAUCCGGGCCUGUCGUGGAAUCAAAGUCCCGAGUCACCACGAGUGAUACCGUUUCAAACGUAUCUGCAGGACUUAAUCAAUUGCCAUCUCAAUCACCUUCCCAGAUUGUGCCCGCUGUCCCCGUUGCAAAAAAGACAUCGCCGUCGUCUGUAAAGACCACUAUAUACAGUGUAAAUUUACUCAAACCCGAAGUCAAUUCAUCUCUCCCAAAAGGUUCAAACAAAUCCACGAUUGUUCCUCCGGCUGCAUCGUCGAUUAUAGAAUUGGGUUUGCAGCCUGAGAAAGCUCCGUCGAUGCCUCUUCGUGAGGACGAUGUCGAUGGAGCGGAGGUCUCUGGGGUCAAGGAGAAUAAUCAUGCGUAUAUGAUUGUUCCCCCUUUGUCGUCUGAGGAUGAAGACGACAUGGAGGAGAUCUCUAUGCGAAACUCACUCACUAUCAGGGCAGACGCAUCUCCUCCUCCAGAUGAGCCGACGAUAAUGUCCACUUCGGAACUCGAUUCAGAACUCAAUCAGACUACCAUUUCUCCUUUGAGAUCUUCUCCACCUGAAAAACCUCCACCUGAACAUGAUCGCUCGCGACCACCUACCCCGCCCUUGGAUGAGGAUUGGGAUGCCGCUCAUGAAAUGAAUCCUGAUGCUGAGGAAGGGGACUUCGCUCAGUUUGUAUCUCAAGUGAAAGGCCGUAAUAUCGACGAUGUUCGCCGCGAAAUCGACGCAGAGAUUGCUUCGCUGGACCAGCAACGGAAAAAUGCAAUGCGUGACGCAGAAGAUGUCAACCAGCAAAUGGUGACACAGAUCAUGAUGAUGUUGCGCCUGUUUGGAAUACCAUACAUCACAGCACCCAUGGAGGCUGAAGCUCAGUGUGCAGAGCUGCUUUCAUUGAAUCUCGUCGACGCUAUUAUUACGGACGAUUCGGACGUUUUUCUCUUUGGGGGAUAUCGGGUUUUCAAGAAUAUGUUCAAUCAAUCCAAAACUGUAGAGUGCUUCCUGCUUUCAGAUCUCAGUCGGGAACUCGGAUUGGAUCAAGGAACUCUCAUUCGCCUUGCAUAUCUGCUGGGCAGUGAUUAUGUUGAAGGACUUCCAGGUGUGGGUCCUGUAGUUGCGAUGGAGUUAUUGAAAGAGUUUCCAGGAGAUGACGGACUACAUAAAUUCAAAGAUUGGUGGCUGAAGGUACAAUCUGGUAAGGAUCACGAAAAUGACAACAGUUCGUCGUUCCAAAAGAGAUUUAAGAAGAAAUUCAAGGAUCUUUACUUACCUGUGGACUGGCCAAAUCCCGCAGUGCCAUCUCAGAGGGAUGCUUAUUAUCAUCCGACAGUUGACACCUCUGACGAACCGUUCAAAUGGGGUCUACCCGAUCUAGAUGCCCUUCGCGCCUUCUUAAACAGCGAGUUGAGCUGGGGUCAAGCCAAGGUCGAUGAUCUACUCGUACCUAUUGUUCAGAAAGUGGGAAAACGGGGACAAGUGAACGCUAUAAACCGCCAGGGUAAUCUAAACGUUUUCUUCGACGUUUCCGCCGGCAGUGGCACCGCUGCACCCAGAAAACGGCAAGCGUAUGCUAGCAAGCGCCUUCAGCAGGUAGUCUCUGAUUUCAGAAAGAAGCGUAACAGUGCGGGCACGUCCACAACAGCCGAAUCAUCCUCAGAUGAUGACAGUCAAAAAAGUGAGGACAGAGAAGAUGUACAGCCUCCAAAGAAAAAAAAACGAACGUCCAAGAAAGUCAAGGAAAAGUCAAAUUCGGGAAAUUUGGCUACCAGAAGCAAAAAACCCACAGCUCGUCGACCUCGGGCGACAAAAAAGAGCAAUGUAUCUGGCGAAGAUGAAGAUGGUGGUGCGUUUGUAAGAGGACCCGAAGCAGGAAAUGCUGCGGCACCUAGUACACCACUAGCAGUUAAUUUGCGACCCCGACCCAAACCGAAGCCUAAUAAUCGUCGUGGUGCUUUGUCGAAUCAUGACGAUUCGAUUUUAGGGAAAGAAAGAUAA